AUGGAUUACCGUUCAUUUGUUAUUAUUCCCAUCCUUGUAUAUAUUUUUCUGUCUCUCUGCCAUGUCAAUGGGGACGUGAGCUUCUCUGUUCCGGAGGAGAUAAAACGAGGAUCUGUAAUUGGAAAUAUUGCUAAGAAUCUGGGACUUGAUUUGGGUAUACUGUCCACUCGUAAGGCCCGCAUUGAUGCUGAAGGUAACAACGUUCAAUUCUGCGGAGUUAACCUUAAUACCGGAGACUUGAUUGUUAAAGAAAGGAUCGACAGAGAAAGUCUUUGUGGGAAAAGGGCAUCGUGUGUUCUUAAACAGGAACUCGUCCUAGAAAAUCCUUUAGAACUGCACCGUAUCAGCAUCCGCGUUCAAGAUAUCAACGACAAUUCACCACAGUUUAAGGAGGAAUCGCUUCAUAUUGAAAUACAGGAAUCAGCAGUUAAAGGUGCACGCUUUCUUGUGGGAGAAGCGCACGAUGGAGACGUCGGAGAAAAUGCUGUUCAGGGAUACUCACUACAACAAAACGAUCAUUUCAAACUGAAUGUUGACACAAAAGCAGGUGGACGGAAAUACUGCGAGCUAGUGUUAGACAAAGAAUUAGACAGGGAAGACAAAAAGGAAAUAGUGCUGAUGCUCACAGCAUUCGAUGGUGGCUCUCCACGGAGAUCAGGUUCUGUGGCCAUACAUGUUACUGUAGUGGAUGCUAAUGACAAUGUGCCUGUGUUUAGCCAAACUGUGUAUAAAGCAAGUCUGGCUGAAAAUUCUCCCGUGGGUACUGCUGUUAUCUCAGUUAGUGCUACUGAUGCAGACGAGGGUUUAAAUGGGGAAAUUACCUACGAAUUUGACCACAUUUCAGAUGAAAACAGCGACGUAUUUUCUCUACACCAUAAAACAGGUGAGGUGAAAGUGGCUGGCGCAAUUGAUUAUGAGCAAGUAUCAUCUCAUGAAAUGCAGAUUAGCGCAAAAGACGGAAUGGGAUUAGUUUCAUACGCAACGCUGAUUAUUGACAUCACUGAUAUAAAUGACAACGCCCCUUUGAUAAAUUUAAAAUCACUAUCAAACCCUAUACCAGAGAAUUUGUCACCCGGUACAGAGGUGGGCAUCAUUUAUUUGCAGGACAGAGACUCUGACAAUAAUGGUCAAGUACGCUGCUCCAUUCAACAGGGUGUUCCCUUUAAAUUGGUUACUUCAAUUAAAAACUAUUAUUCUCUGGUAACCUCAGGACAACUGGACCGUGAAGUAGUGUCUGAUUACAACAUAACAAUCACUGCCACUGACGAGGGCUCUCCACCUCUGUCCUCCUCUAAAACUGUUCAGUUAUCUGUAGCUGACAUCAACGACAACCCACCUGUGUUUGAGGAACAGUCCUACAGCUCAUAUGUGACAGAAAAUAACAAACCUGGCUCUACUUUAUGUUCCGUUACUGCUCGAGACCCUGACUGGAGACAGAACGGUACAGUGAUUUAUUCUUUGUUACCUGGUGAGGUGAAUGGUGCAGCGGUGUCUUCGUAUCUAUCUGUUAACGGAGACACGGGGGUGAUCCACGCUGUGAGGUCGUUUGAUUAUGAACAGUUUAGAUGCUUUAAAGUCCAGGUGAUGGCCAGAGACAACGGUUCUCCUCCACUCAGCAGCAACGUGACCGUCAGUGUGUUCAUCGCUGACGUGAAUGACAACUCUCCUCAGAUAUUGUACCCCACCACGGAGGGGAGUUCUUUCAUGACCGAGUUGGUCCCCAAAGCUGCACACGGAGGCUCUCUGGUGUCCAAAGUGAUAGCAGUGGACGCAGACUCCGGACAGAACGCAUGGCUGUCCUAUCACAUAGUAAAAUCCACUGAUCCUGGACUUUUCAGUAUUGGUCUCCACAGCGGAGAGAUCAGGACACAGCGGGACGUUUCAGAAUCUGACAACAUGAAACAGAAUCUUAUUGUGGCAGUGAAAGAUAACGGACAGCCCUCUCUGUCUGCCACCUGUUCCAUGUAUUUACUUAUUUCUGACAACUUGGCUGAAGUGCCAGAAUUGAAGGACAUUUCUCAUGAUGAAAAGAACUCCAAGUUAACAUAUUAUCUAAUUAUUGCGCUGGUGUCCGUGUCCACCUUUUUUCUGACCUUCAUCAUCAUCAUCCUGGGUGUGAGGUUUUGUCGCAGGAGAAAACCCAGACUGUUGUUUGAUGGAGCAGUUGCCAUUCCCAGCGCGUAUCUUCCUCCUAAUUACGCAGAUGUUGACGGCACAGGAACUUUACGCAGCACUUACAAUUAUGACGCCUAUCUGACAACAGGAUCCAGAACCAGUGACUUUAAGUUUGUUUCAUCUUACAAUGACAACACGCUGCCUGCUGACCAGACCCUGAAAAAAAGUGCAUCACAUUUUGCUGAAUCGUUCUGUCAGCCUGAUGAUUUUGCCGAGGGCGUCCCUUUCAAGUUGGUUCCUUCUAUUAAAAACUAUUAUUCACUGGUGACCACAGCACACCUGGACCGUGAACUAGUCUCUGAUUACAACAUUACAAUCACUACCACAGAUGAGGGCUCCCCACCUCUGUCGUCCUCUAAAACUGUUCAGUUAUCUGUAGCUGAUAUCAACGACAACCCACCUGUGUUUGAGGAACAGUCCUACAGCGCAUAUGUGACAGAAAACAACAAACCUGGAUCCACUUUAUGUUCCGUAAUGGCUCGAGACCCUGACUGGAGACAGAACGGUACAGUGAUUUAUUCUCUGUUACCCAGUGAGGUGAAUGGCGCAUCACUGUCCUCCUAUCUGUCUGUUAACGGAGACACGGGGGUGAUCCACACUGUGAGGUCGUAUGAUUAUGAACAGUUCAGGAGUUUUAAAGUCCAGGUGAUGGCCAGAGACAACGGUUCUCCUCCACUCAGUAGCAACGUGACCGUCAGUGUUUUCAUCGCUGACAUGAAUGACAACUCUCCUCAGAUAUUGUACCCCACCACGGAGGGCAGCUCAUUCAUGACUGAGCUCGUCCCAAAAGCUGCACACGGAGGUGCUCUGGUGUCCAAAGUGAUAGCAGUGGACGCAGACUCCGGACAGAACGCAUGGCUGUCCUAUCAUAUAGUGAAAUCUACUGAUCCUGGACUUUUUAGUAUUGGUCUCCACAGCGGAGAGAUCAGGACACAGCGGGACAUUUCAGAAUCUGACAACAUGAAACAGAACCUUAUUGUGGCAGUGAAAGAUAACGGACAGCCCUCUCUGUCUGCCACCUGUUCCAUGUAUUUACUUAUUUCUGAUAACUUGGCUGAGGUGCCAGAACUGAAGGAUAUUUCGUAUGAUGAGAAGAACUCCAAGUUAACAUCUUACUUGAUCAUCGCGCUGGUGUCUGUGUCCACGUUUUUUCUGACCUUUAUAAUUAUCAUCCUGGGUGUGAGGUUUUGUCGCAGGAGAAAACCCAGACUGUUGUUUGAUGGAGCAGUUGCCAUCCCCAGUGCGUAUCUUCCUCCUAACUACGCUGAUGUUGACGGCACAGGAACUUUACGCAGCACUUACAAUUAUGACGCCUACCUGACAACAGGAUCCAGAACCAGUGACUUUAAGUUUGUUUCAUCUUACAAUGACAACACACUGCCUGCUGAACAGACCCUGAAGAAAAGUGCAUCAGAUUUCACUGAAUCGUUUGGAGAUGGUGAUAUCUUUCCUGAGAGUGCAUCAGAUUUUGCUGAUACGUUUGGAGAACUGGCAGAGUGUACAGAGGUAUGA